AUGGCGCGACCUGGUAUCAACAUCGAGCAUGAAGUCAUCGAUCUACUCUCCGAUAGUGAGUCUGAAGACGAGGGCUUCGCAAGGCAUGAGCUAGACUUCUUCGACGCACAAUCUGAUGUAGACUUUGCGGAUGAGUACCCAGAUCUGGAGGAGCCUCUAGGAAACCUUCACGCACAGUUAUACGAACAUGGCCACGAGUUGAUCGAUUUGACUGGUAUUCCAGACAUUGACGUCCCGCCAUCGGAUCCUAUUGUGGUAGAUGAUGAUGAGCCACCGCAGCCGAAUGCACAAGCGCCUGACUGGAAUGACGCUGAUGCAUUGGUUACCGGGGCAGGUUGUUUACAGCUGGUUCUGAGUGUGUUGCCAGAUAUCUCAGCGGAUUAUGUCCUCCAGUUGAUACAUGAGAAGACGACAGACGCCACGCGAACAAUGGCUCGAUGUGAACAUCUUCUCACCGAAAUCCUUGAGGGCGAUCCAUAUCCCAAGGAAUCGGAAGAGGCGAAGAGCAAGAAGAGAAAGAGGGACGAUGAAGACGAGGACGCCUUAAUCGACUAUGAGACGGCUGAGCGUGACCCGGAGAUUGGUGGGUACGAACAUGACGCAACAGAACUACUCAAAGACGAAUUCCUCUUCGUGCCCGUGCGGCAUCUUACAAACAUCCUUGGAGAGCAAAAGACACUAUUCAAAGCUUACGGAGUACUUGAAAAGCAAGUGCGCAACUACGGACGUGUUGCGAACAGCUUUCGUAAGAACGGAAAAUCACGCAACAAGCGCGGCGUUGAGCUUGAGUUGAUCAACCAAGGCAGCCAAUUACCCAAAGAAUUGCACGCAGCAAAGAAAAAGGUUGAACUAGAGACUGCUAAACGCCGCAAGGCCCAAGAGGCAGAAGAGGCCGAGGAGGUCAAUCUGCAACAAGCGCGAAUGAACAACCAGAUGGGCGAAUGCGCAUGCUGUUUCGAUGAUGUUCCUCUUAACCGCAUGAUCAGUUGUAAUGGUGAUACAGUUCACUUCUAUUGCAUGGAGUGUCCCCGCCGGCAGAUCGAGACGCAACUUGGGGAAUCCCGCUGCAGACCAAAAUGUUUUGGAGUCGAGAACUGCAAUGGAACGUUCUCACGGCGACAACUACAAGAGGUUCUGAGCGACAAGACGUUUGAGCGACUGGAGAAUCUGCAGCAGCGGGAGGACCUUGCAGCCGCAGGUUUGGACUUUCUCUCUGAGUGCCCAUUCUGCGAUUUCAAAAUGGAGUGCCUUCCGGUGGAGGUCGACAAGGAAUUCCGUUGCCAGAAUGCCAAGUGCGGUAAAACGAGCUGCCGACUCUGCGAAAAAGAGUCUCACAUCCCUCUCAGUUGCGAAGAAUUCAAGAAGGAUGGUCAGAUCACCCUCCGACACAUCGUUGAAGAGGCAAUCUACGUCUGUUCGAAGAACGUGACCGACUACAACCACUUCGGUGAUGUUCAGGCAGGAAAAUGUCCUCUUCAUGAGAAUGUCGAAGACCGUCACGAACAGGAAGUCAAAAAAGCGGCUGAAGAUGCCAUGGCCAAAGUCCGCGCCGACAAUCCAGGUCUAUCUGAUGCUGAUCUGAUGGUUAAAGUGUCAGAUCGGGUCAAACAAGCAGAAGAUGCACGUAAAGGUCAAGCUUUGGCUCAAGCACAGCGCUUCCCUUAUCACAUGAUUGGUGAUGAGCUGAGACGCUUCCCUCUGCCUCCUCAGGCGGCGGGCGCGCCAGUUCAACCCCCACCAGCAGUUCAACCUAGAGCCGCAGAUGCUCUCUGGAACUUACUUCCCGGCGUGUUUGGCGCAGGACAAGCUAAUCGUCGUCUUCCUGGCCGCCCAGACAAUCCUGGGCCUGUAGAAGUGCAAGAUUAUGAGGCUCGACAACGUCCGCUUCGACUUCUGGAUAACCAAGCUUAUGAAAUGCGGCUCGGGCUGAUGAACAUGGACCAUAUUCGGCAUGAGGGUCUAGAAGCACUGGAAGCACAGCGGGCAGCACUAGAAGCACAGCGAGCACUUGGACUUCAACAACUACGAGUAGAACAGGCACUAGGUGUACAAGAGGCAGCUCGUCAAUUACAACUGGAGGCCAGGGUCGGGGUCGAGGCCCAAAUGCUAGUCGAACGGGUGCGGCGAAGAGCUGCCCUUGCUACUAGGGCGCGUCGAAGGUAG